AUGAAAUACGUUGAUGAAUUCAUGAGCAAAUUCAGAGUGGAUGGAAGACUGGAAUACGAGACCAGAUUGAUUGAUGUACAGCUGUAUAAUGACACUGAGACUGGAUAUGCAGAAAUAAGACAGGGAAGGACACAUGUUCGUACUCAACUCGAUUCAACCACAGAAAGAAGCAAAUUCAAAAUGAAUUUAAAAUAUUUACAGGCUGAUUCAGUUACAGAAAGACAGAAGUAUCAAAUAAAGAGCAAGAUAGAGAAGAUAUUCAGUGACAUAAUGCGAUCAAGUGGCACCAGUGUGACUGUGCUGGUUGUAGAAGACAAUGGUGGCCUGAUUGCUGCAAUAAUUAAUUGCAUAACUUUGUGUCUGACACACUGUAGCGUACCAAUUGCAGACAUGGCCAUAGCUGUAUCCUACAACACAGGCAUUGAUCUGUGCAAGAAAGAGGAGAAUGGGCCAUUUAUUGCUCUACUGGUCUAUUUGAGUAACACCAAAAAGGUGAUAUAUUUUGAUGCAGCUGGCUCAUUUACCAGAACAUCGUUCAUCGAAUGCACUGAAGCAGCAAAACUGGCGUGUCAGAACAUUGCAUCUCAGUUCAAGACGACUCUUCUGACUUCCAAUGAUUCACGAUAG